UGCUCAGUAGUCGUCUCCCUCUCCCUGCAGGAAAGAUGGUGUCGUGUGUGUUGUCAGCUUUACUCCUCAACCUCCUCUGCUGCUGCUGCCUCGUCUCUUCUCUCUAUUUCCACAUCGGAGAGACGGAGAAGAAAUGCUUCAUAGAGGAAAUCCCCGACGAGACGAUGAUAAUAGGAAAUUAUCGCACUCAGCUGUACGAUAAGCAGAAAGAAGAGUAUCUGCCGGCCACUCAGGGUCUCGGCAUGUUCGUGGAAGUCAAAGAUCCCGACGACAAGGUGAUUCUGUCUCGGCAGUACGGCUCAGAAGGACGUUUCACCUUCACGUCGCACACACCCGGAGAACAUCAGAUCUGUCUGCACUCCAACUCCUCCAAGUUCUCCCUGUUCGCUGGAGGCAUGCUGAGAGUUCACCUGGACAUCCAGGUGGGAGAACACGCCAACAACUACGCUGAGAUCGCCGCCAAAGACAAACUGACGGAGCUUCAGCUGAGAGUGAGACAGCUGGUGGAGCAAGUGGACCAGGUCCAGAAGGAGCAGAACUACCAGCGGUACCGUGAGGAGCGUUUCCGUCAGACCAGCGAGAGCACCAACCAGAGAGUCCUGUGGUGGUCCAUCGUCCAGACUCUCAUCCUGGUCGCCAUCGGCAUCUGGCAGAUGAGACACCUGAAGAGCUUCUUCGAGGCCAAGAAACUGGUGUAAACCUGUCCAGUGUCAGUGUGUGUGUGAGCGUGCCUGUGUGUGUGUGUGUGUGUGUGUGAACGCCUGUGUGUGUGUGUGUGUGUGUGUGUGUGUGUGUGUGUGUGUGUGUGAACGUGUGUGUGUGUGUGUGUGUGUGUGAACGUGUGUGUGUGUGUGUGUGUGUGUGAACGUGUGUGUGUGUGUGUUUGUUCUCUACUGAUUGAUGCAGUACUGUCGGAGGAGAAGCUGCUGCAGACUGCUGAGGAAAAAACAGGACGCAGAGAAAUCCAGCUGCAAGAUUCAAAUUAUUAUUAAUAAUAUUAUAAUUAUUAUUAUUAUUAUAAUUAUUCAUAUUUCCUCUCAGAUCUUGUUUAUAUAUAUAUUAAAACAAAGCCCAAACAUUUGUAGUCGUCUAUCAGGAGGAACAUGUGACGCUCUAUUUAUUCCACACAGAGAGGUUUUACUAAAGAAGAUGAUCUGCUCGUGUAUAUUUAGAUUUUUUUGCUGUAAUCAAUCAAAAACAUGUUACUGGCCUUUUAGAGAUCUUCAAUAAUCAGUUUACAGCUUAAAAUAAAUGCAGUUUGGCCUCCUUUAAAAAGUGUUGUAAAUUUAAAAAAGUUAAUAUAACAGCACAUUUUUUAAUAGAGACUCUUAUAAAAGUCUCAUUAUAGUCUCAGUUUCAGAUCCUGCAGGAAAUAUAUAAAACUUAAAGACUCGAGGAUCAUUUUUUAAUGAAGAUAACAGCAGAGAAACAGAGAGCAGUGAUGCAUAUUUGUUAGUAUUUACUGCCUCUGGUUACUUUACAUCCUGAUAUCUCGUCUCUUUAGUUUUAUAAAGUUUCAUUUCUGAGCGAACGUGACGUCAGAAAGCUUCACGUGAUGUUGAAAAGAAAGCAGCUUAGCUUCUAUAUCAUCACUGAUUUAAACAUUUAAAUCCUUUCAGCAUCAGAUUAUCAAACAACAACAGACCUGUGAAGUAAAAAAAAAAGAGUUGAUUUAAAGAGCCGAACCAAGAUAAGAUAAAAGCUGGAACAGAGCAAACAUCUGGAUAGAUAGAUGUAGUUUCAUGUGUGUGUAUAAUCCUGCAGAUGUGUCCAGAUGUUGCUUCUCAGUUUCUACUUCAGCUCAUCAUCCUGAGAGAGACUCUUUAUAUCUGAUUCAUCCUCAGAGGUUUUGUCCAGUUUGUUUCUUUCUUCUGGUGAAAAUAAGACACAUAAAUUACCAAUCAGUCAUGAUCAGUGUGUAAAAGCUGAUUUAAUAGCGACUGAAAUCAAGCAGAUGUUUCCUGUUUUUGGAGCCGAUUAAAGAGCUAAAAAUGAGACAAUAUGACAAACAUCUGGACAGGUUUUAAUGUGUGUUUACACGUUUAAAUCCUGCUUGUUUUUGUCUCCAAACUUGAGCAGAUGUUCCCUUUUUUUUUUGACACAUCUGGUGACAAAUAUUCUAGAUAAAUGAAAGUCUCUCUCAGUCUGUUAGGUUUUUAAUUUUCAGUGAAAUCUGAACCAAAUACAACAGUUUAAAUGUUUGUUACUGCGUCCAAUUUGAAUGUAUGUUUCUGUCUUUUUUGUGUUUGUUUGUGGGCUUGGUGGAGGUGGAGGUGGAGAGAAGGAUAAUUGUUUUGUUUUUGGGGGGGGGGUAAUGGAUCAAUAAUCUUUAAAACAGAUGAGAGUUUAACUCUGUGGUUUUUGUCAGCUGUGACACUGCCAGAGACGCCUCCUCCUACACACUUCUGUCCUCAGUUUUUACUCAUUUUUUUCUUUUAAAGAAUUUACUUUUUGCUUUUUACAUGAAAGCAACAGAUCUGCUGUAUGUAAGGAGAGUUUCUCAGUUGUUGACUUGGUGAAAAACUACAAAAAAGCCGCAUUGAGAGAAGAAAAAACACAAUUUAAGGGGAAUAAAGCCUCAUAAAAUCUUUUUUUUUUUUUAACCUCAGAAGAGCAAAACAAAAUGAGUUUUUUCAAAUCCUCUGAAAGUUAAAGAAGAAUUCAGGAUUUUAGGAGUGAAACAGCUAAAAGUCAGAUUUAUUUAAGAGCUAUGAAAGGUGAUCAGUUUAUUCUUCCUUUGUGUUUUUCUCUCUUCGGUUAUUAAGAUUUUUUUUUUGGUCCUUUUUGUUCGUUUUCUGGUGGUUGUGUUUGAUUUUUUUUUUUCGUUUGGCUGCAGGUUGAUUUCAGAAAUGUUUUAGGCUGGAAUAAUAAAUAAAUAAAAAAAUAAAGGAGGGGGGCUUGAAUUUUAUUUUUUAGAAAGAUUCUGUCCAUGUGAGAAAUGUGUCUAAAAAUUGCACUUGAAAUAAAGUUUUGUCACAUUU